CCUUGCUCUUGAUUUCAUAAAAUAUGUUUACUAAAAAUAGUAUACCAUGCACAAGCAGUGGUCUAUAAAGAUAAUUAACUGAUUAAAUUGAGGUUUAAAAGCAGGAAAUUCAUAUUCGCUUCCAAGUUUAAAAAAAAAAUGUCCUUCUUCAUUAAGUCACGUAAAAGGAAAUUCGUUGCAAAGGUGUGUUUCUUUUUAAAAAAAAAUUUUUUUUUGACUAGAAUUUCAGUCAGUAAUUUUUUAAAAAAAUGUAAUUUAGUCUAAGUCUAAGUCUAGUUUUAUUUAGUGUAAUAAAAAAAUAAAUGAAUAAUAGUCUGAGUCUGGAAAGUUGGACCUGACAGUCAGACUCUGAACAAUUAUCAAUGUCAAUGUGUGUAUGAAACUUGCCCGUUCUUCACUGAGAAUUAUUAUAAUUAGUCUUAAUUACGUUAGUCUACUAAACUAAGUCUAAAGGGAUCGGGGUAUGCAUAGCCGCUAUUCUCCCCCAAGCCCAAGGUAACAAUGAAGUUCUUGAAAAUAUCAUCUCCACGAAAACGAUUGUGAAACAUGAACUCCUGCAACUAAGAUGUUAAAGAGUGCAGCUGGUGUCAACUGUCUUUUCAUAGUCUGUUUACUUUUAGUGGGUAAUAAAUUAAAUACUUCUAACUUUCUUUCUAACAGUAUCUGAGUGCAUUCCACCCAGAAUUUUUUGUCCAUGUCCAGCCCAUAGUCACAAUAAUAGCUAAGAAGGAUGACCAUCGAGAAAUUAAACCUAUUGCUAGUAAUCAGUGUUCCAUUUUUAAGAGGUAGAUUGCUACCAUUGUGAUUGUCACAAUUAUUGAUGGACAUUAGUUGUUUAUUUCUAAACUUACUUUCAGGAUCAGAAGGGCAAAUCUAAAAAGGAGAUCCUUAAAGCCAAGAGUGCCCUCACUGAAGAAGUGGAAAGUGAAUCAGAUGCAGAUAGGUAAUAAUUCAAACAUUAGUUUAGUCAUUAAAUAUUUGAGCUGUAUCUAAUUUUAACUGAAAUACAUUUAAUUAUAAGUUUGUUCACAACAUAUGUAGAACAUAUGUAGAUCAAGAUCUGCUUAUUCGUUAGGCCUAAGCCUAAGCGUAUAAUGAGUAGAUUUACUCUAGUCUUGGAAUUACAUUUUAUUUCAGCAGUAAUGAAGUAACUGAAGCCAGAGACAAAGUGUACAGUUCUGAAGAAGAGGAGGAGACUGCUCAGCAAAAGAGACUUCGGUUAGCCAAGCAAUACCUCUCUAAGCUAGAAGAAGAAGGUUAGUGUAUUACUGAAGAAAUCACGAUUUAUUUUUUUCCAAAAUUACAACAAACAAAUAUCUCAUCACAAUCUGUUAAGACAAGAUUUUGUAUUUAAAAUUUCUAAGCUGUAAUGAUUUACUGUAGGAAUAAGUUUUACUGUAAACAAAGUCCAUCUUUAAUAGUUGCAUAUAUGAAAUAUUAAUAGAUCAAUCAGUAAUUUAAAUUAAAAAAAGAGUGUUUACUUUUAAUCACUGCUAGUAUUUAUUACUUGUUUUCUUAUUGCAGAGGCUGAGAAAAAAGCAGAUGAAGAAACUUUGAAGGAUGCUGUUGCAAGCAGACUUCAGCAUGAUAUAGUAAUUAGUUCUUUUACAUCACAUCUUUGUUACUAUAAUUUUAAUUCAAAAUUUUUUUUACAUUCUGGAUUUAUUCCAACAAUUAUAAUUCAACUGGUAAGAUUACAUUAAGUAAUCCCCUCUGUAAAAUGAUUUAUGUCAUCUGACAUUGGCGGUUGGGCUUUUUAUUGAGGAUUGACAACUUCUCCAAACAAUAUCUGCAUAGUUUUCUGAGUAUUUCCACCCUGAUAUUUAAUGUGACUAAUAUGAUUAAUAUAUUGCUAUAAUUGGAUACAUUUUAUUUUGAGGCAUUUUCUAAUGCUAUUAUUUGCAAUGCCAAAUAGAUUUUCUUAUUUCCAUGUAAAACAAACUAAUUUCAUUGCCAACAAGUAUUUAAAUAUUUAAAAGAAAAAAUAUUGAAACAGGAAAGUUAUGUGAAUUAGCUUUUUAAUAGUUCUAGAAAUUUGAUAUCACCGUAAUUUAAAUAAAAGUAGUUUACAUGUUAUUGAUUAUUCUAAAGCUUAUUUUGCGUUAAAAAAUGUAAAUGGAUAUUUUGAAAUAUUUUUUGUUUACUUUGCAGUCAGAACAAGCUGGAAAACUAACAAAGCAGGUUGCUGAUGCGGUAUGAAACUCUUUGUUUGCCUUCUUUAUGUAUUGUAAAGCGUGAAUGAAAUGACAUAAAUGAUUGUGAAAUAACACCUAUGCCAUGCAUUUAUUCUCAUGCAUAUAGAUGUAGAUAGCUAUAAACUUAUAAAUAGAGAUGCAGAUAGCUAUAAACUUAUAAAUAUAGUAUGCAUGUGUUCUAUAAUCUGUAUUUAUUUCAGUGUUUUUGUGCUAAUCCAGAGGAUUUGCGUGUGUUUAGAGGGCAUGGACUUCCAGUUACAGCCAUUGUGAUUUCACCAGAUGACAAAUUUGUUUUUACAUCUAGCAAAGAUUGUAAUAUAUGUAAAUGUAAGCAAUUAGUUACAAAUAAAUAAGUUUAUUCGGGAUAAAUAAAUAAAUUAAAAUGUUUAAAAUAUAAAAUAGACACCUUAAAAAAAAGUAUAUCAAUUAGUUCUUGACUUAAUAAUUUUACUUUAAAUUAUCAGGGAAUUUGGAGACUGGUUUAAAAGAAAAAACAAUAAAAGGUGGCAGGAAAGGAACUGAAGACGUGCACAUUGGCCACACAGACCACAUACUGUGUUUAGCUAUAUCAUCAGAUGGCAAAUUUUUGGUUAGUGAUGAAAUCAUUUUAAUAAUUGAUGUAAUAUACUUUUGUAUUUUUAAAGUAUUGAAGUUGAUUUAAAGCUUAAGCUGAAGUAUGAGUGUAAAAAAAUGAUAAAUAAAGGAAUACAGAAAAAACAAAAUUUGCAUAUCGGAGGAGCAAGUUUACAAUUUAAUCCCUAUGUGAAGAUUACAUAAGCCAUAUAUUUAUUGAAAGUUACCAAAAAAGGUAUAUGAUUUUGUUAAGAAAACUUAGUUUAACAUUUUAGAAAAGACAAAUAAAUACCUUUGAUAAUGACUUUUUAUUCAAUUUGUUUUUUUUUGAUAAAGCGUAACCAGGAAAUAAAUGUCAUUUAAUGAUUUUGAUUAAAUUUUGACAGUAUUGCAUUUAUAUAAUAAGUAUGCCCAAUUAAUUUUUUUUUCAUAGGCUGCUGGUGAUAUGAACAACAUGAUUAAAUUGUGGAACCCUCAAGAUUGUAGUUUCAUCCAUAAGUUCAGAGGCCAUAGGGGCCCCGUCACUGUAAGCUAGUAGAUUCUGAUUAUCUAUUUGUUAACAAAAAAAAGUUAUACAAUUGACAAUUCUUAUUUCAUAUUACUGCUAUUUUCCAGUCUUCUUUUAGAACUAGUUUCAUUUCAAAGUUUCUCAGAUGCCAGGUUGCAAAAUAAAUUAUUGAAAGCUGAGUGUUUUUUUUUCAAAGCCUAAAAUAACAGUUACUAGCAUGAAUCAGGACUAGGGAGGUGAAUGUUUCAGUAUCAUUGUUGGCAGCUAAUAAUUAGCCCAAUCAUUGACACAUUAGUGUCUAUCAAAUGACAAGAAAGGAAAAUGGCAAUAUCUUAUCACUCUGUUGAACAACACCUGCCCCGUUGAAAGGUGUUUAUGUAUGGAUAUUCAGAUCUAUUUUAUGUUACCUUUUGGCAAGAAAUUUAAGUAGUUCAUGAAAGAAAUGUUUAAAAAGUAAUGGGACCACUGAAAAAAAAUGUCUGUUAAAUGCUGCUUCAAUUAAUGUUUUCCUUUCAAUAUUUUAUCAUAUAGUAAUUUUAUAAUUUUAACAGGGUGUAUCAUUUAGGAAAGGCACACAUACAUUAUACAGCUGCUCUGCUGACAAAGUGGUUAAGGUGUGGAGUGUUGAUGACUUGGCAUACGUAGAAACAUUGUAUGUAGACAUAACUAAAAUAUAUAACUAUAUGUUAAAUGUUAAUAUAUGUAAAAAAAAAUUAAAACCCUAAAUCUUAAUUGAGUAUCUCACUAUUAUUUAUAUUUUUAAUUGUACCUUAUUUGUUAUUAAUAAGAAGGAUCUUAUUGCUCUCCAGAGUAAAUUUCUUUUAACCAAUUUAUAAAAUGAUAUUGAAGUGGUCUAUUUAAUUUUGUUAUGGAUGAUUCAUUUUAAGGCAAGUAAAAUACAACUGGGCAGGACACAGUUGUAAUGAAACAUUCAUUUUAUUUAAUUCUCAACUACAUUUAACCUUUGAUUUAUGUUUAUUUCAGAUUUGGUCACAAUACUCCUAUAACUGGAAUAGACAGCUUAAUGCGUGAUAGAGCUAUCACGUCAGGAGGCAGGGAUAAAAGUGUACACAUUUGGAAGAUUACAGAGGACUCACAGUUGCUUUUUCAUGGGAAUGAGUAAGGAAAAUUAGAAAUAGUUGUUUUUGAAUAUUUUUUAAACAAAAUCACCUAGAUUUAAAAAAAAAAAUAUAUUAAUAGCAGCAGUAAUGUAAAUCUAAUAGGAGAUCUGUUGAAAUGUCAGAAGAAGAAUUGGGCAAUGGUGUUAAUUGUUUUGAUAACUGGCAUUAGUGAAUUUAAGUUUUUAUUCUUGAAAGUCCAACCAGUUUAUGAAUAUUGAAACUCUUCAUAUCUUUAUAGUCUUUCAAUACGAGUAAGUAAACAAGAGAUAUUCUUAUAAUGGGAAGAGAAGAAUACCGUACAGCAAAUUUUUAUUACUACUUUGUGUUCAUGAAAUAAUCAAUAACUAAUGUCUCAUCUAUUUUCUCAAUAGUGGGUCCAUAGAGUGUGUCGCUCUUAUCAAUGAAAGUAACUUUUUCACUGGUGCAGAUGACAAGUUAGUUUUAUAUUCUUAUUAUCUUAAACAGUGAAAUAUUGCAAUUGUUAAAACCUGUGAAAUCGGGUUAGUGAAAUUAAACAAUUCUGCUGAAGCAGCAUCAAAGAAUACAAGAGCAGCAUGACAAUUAAUUCUCAUCUUGUCAAACCCUCUCCUCCACGUGGAGGUAGCAGACUGAAAGAUAAUCAUCAAAACUGCCAAAUAAAAAAAAAAUCACCUUGUGUCAUGUUACGUGUAAGCUAGGGAUGCAUUUCCUUUUACUGACACUGUCAAUUUAAAAAAAGUCAUUUUGUUUUAUUACCAUUUUUAAAAGUCUUUGAAAUUAUUGCAUUUCUUCAUGCUUAACUAAACAACUUAAAAUGACUUUUUUUAAACAAAGAAUUUUUUUAAUCUUCAGACUAUUAUUGUGAUUUACAAUAUCCAGGUGUGCAGUAACACAAAUUCAGCUAUAAUCUUUUCGAGAAUUCCUUUUUAUUUUGUUUAGAAUUAGAAACAAAUUUGAUUUUUAAAAAAACUAUAUUUUGUAGGAAGCACUAAUGUAUUUUAUUUUCCCAUAUGAUGCCAGCUCCUUAAGCCUCUGGAGUGUUCUCAAGAAAAAACCUUUAACAACUGUGAAAAAAGCCCACGGGCUUAAUUUGGGGAUUCUAGAGGAAAACUGGAUAUCCUCCGUUGCAGCCUUGCAGUACACAGAUCUGGUUGCUUCUGGCUCCAAAGAUGGAUUUGUUCGACUGUGGAAAUGCAGUACCGAUUACAAAUCACUUACACCUUUAUUUCAAAUUCCCGUAGUAAGUUUCCAUUUAUUUUGAUUUUGUUUCGAAUUGAUGAAUUUAAUUAAUUGGCCUAUUUACUUUUUUGGUUCAUUUUAAGGUUCAAACAAAGCUGAGAGUAAGUUUUUAUUAUGCAUAACAGCUAGAGGAAAAAUACAAAUGUAUUAAUUGAAGAUAAAAAUUCAUAAUAAGAAUUUAAUUGAAAGCUUUUUAUAAAGCCUCAGAGGUAUUUACAUUUUUAACAUCAAAUUUGUGCAUUUCAUUUAGACAUCAAAUUACAUUUAACUAUUGCAAAUAAACCUCAUUACUAGAGGCUACUACGAAAUGUGCUGCUUUGCUCAAAAACUUCUCCUCUUGUUCUCCAGAAAGGAUUUAUCAACAGUUUAAAGUUUUCAAAUAAUGGGGAAUUCUUAGUAGCAGCUGUUGGGCAAGAGCAUAGACUUGGAAGAUGGUGGCGUUUAAAGGAUGCUAAAAAUGGAUGGAUAGUCAUACCACUCAAGGCAGGCCAGCAGGGAAGAUGAGUCUGUGGCUAAAAUGUUGAUUGUAAUAAGCAGUGAUGUAACAAGGACAAGGUUGAUAGUGAUGAAUGCAGCAUUAAUCUCAAGUGUUCUUUAUGUCAGUGAGAAUAAGUGGAGGCAGUGCAAGUCUAAUGUAGAGUGCAAUGUGGUAAUUAAGUCAGUGAUGUGCAGCUCUUUUUUAAAAUUGUAAAAAUUUAUUAUUUACCUUGUGAAAAGGUGGGGUCGUUCAUAAACGUUGCACAUUGGUCCAUAUGAUUUAAAUUAGUCUCUUUCAGAGCAUUUAAUCUUUUUUUUAGCACUUUUGUAGAAGGCAUUUUUGGUAAUUCUAAAUUCAUCAAUGUAAAUUUGUCCCACAAUUGUGAAUUCAAAAAAUUAUUUUGUAUGAUGUUGUCCUGCAGCUUGAAUUAAAAAACAAAUUUUUAACUGAAGGAUGUAUCGUUUUAGUUUUAUUGACAUAAAAUUAAAUAUAUAUACAUAAAUAUCCACAAAAAAUGCAUCUUCUAAUGGCUGCUCCAGCACAAAAUAAUGGAAUAAACAUAUUUUAAUGUUUGGCCAGUCUUCAUUUUGCAUACAAGUUGAUGUAAGGAGGUUUAGUUUGAAAUUGUAUGUUUUCUCCAUUUUAAAG